AGCAGGCAGCAAAACAACCCUGUUUCGCCAAUAGGAAGUAACUACGGUAGAGCUUCGUGUUCAAAAUACUGUCAACGGAUCAACAACAAAAACAAGCAGAGCGAUUUGCUGAACCUUGUCAUUGUCAGGGGCUGUGGGACAUCCCCGGCCCUGACCCACAAGGCCGCAGGUUAAGAGAUCCAUUCCUGGAUGCUGUACGUCCAUAGCCGUCGGGGGACUAGGAUCAAAACCCGACAGGAGGCCCACCAUCAAUGUGCUCCGAUUUGACCUCCAGAUCAAUUCUGAAGGUGUGAGAGUGGGAGGAGAGGUGAGAUGGAGUCAGAUGAGACAGAAGGACGCACUUUGGUGCAGGUGAUCAGUGAGAAGUACAACCCGGAAAACUUUCCAUACUGCCGUGGGCCAGGAGUUGGAGUGGUGAUCCGGACGAGUCCCCAGGGUUCACCUGUCAAAGAUCGUCUGAAUCUGCCCAGCAUUCUGGUUCUGGAUGGUUGUGGAAUCACCGAGGCUGGAGAUGAGGAGGAGGUGGCCACUUUUUGUGCUCACGUAGUUGAGCUAGACCUCUCUCACAACCAGUUAAAAGAAUGGGGAGAGAUAAGCAAGAUCCUGUCUAACAUCCCUAACCUAGACUUUCUCAAUCUGAGUAUGAAUCCACUGAGAGGGUCGAGUCUAGAGCCUGGAGCUGCUGAAGCGUUCUCAGGCCUCCGCCGUCUUGUGCUCAAUAACACGCAAGUCACCUGGGACAUGGUGCACGCACUUACACGAGAGAUCCCAGAGCUGGAGGAAUUGUUUUUGUGUCUGAACGAGUAUGAGAGCGUGAGUGUGUCAUCUACGUCGUGCCCGUCCCUGCGCCUGCUUCAUAUCACAGAUAACCAGCUGCAGGAUUGGGCGGAGGUGCGUAAGCUGGGCCUCAUGUAUCCAGGCCUGGUGUCUCUUAUCCUGGCAAACAACUCCCUCUCGUCUAUCCACGAGCCUGAGGACUCACUACAGAGACUCUUCUCCAACCUGCGCAGCAUCAACCUACACAACUCAGGUCUAAGUCGGUGGGAGGAUAUUGAGAAACUGAAUUUCUUUCCAAAGCUUCAAGAGGUCAGAGUGAUGGGUAUUCCUUUACUUCAGCCCUACACCGAUCAGGAGAGACGCUGUCUUAUGGUAGCACAGUUGCCUCAUGUGACUGUGUUAAACGGCAGUGUUGUCACCGAUGGAGAAAGAGAGGAUGCAGAACGCUUUUUCAUCCGCUACCACCUGGACUGCCCUGAGGAUGAGCUACCCCAGAGGUACCACACUUUGGUAGCACGCUAUGGCCGCCUAGCCCCACUUGCAGAGGUGGAUUUGCGCCCUCCCUCCCAUGUCCAGGUAGAGCUGCGUUUUGGAGACCAGACAGAGACCCUAGACCUCAGACUGGAUCAGACAGUGGCAGACCUAAAGAAGCAGUUGAGAGCCAUGGUCCAGCUACCGCCAAACAAGAUACGUGUGUACUAUAUCGACCGGCAGCUUGGCUACGCACUAGAGCCUCAGGAGAUGAAAUAUGGAGCACGAGCACUUCAUUCCUACAGUAUACGAGAUGGAGAUGAAAUCUUGGUGGUGCCCAAGACACAGUGACAGAAAAGAGAGCAACAACUGAGCACUCUUUGGGGGAAAAAAUGACUGGUUGAGAUGUUUCCAGAAUUUUUGGAAUACCAUCGUCCAAUACGGGCAAUGUAAAUUCUAUUUAAAAAUAGUCUCUAAAAAGAGACAUUUGAUUAAAAACGCUUUUUAACUUCCACUGUUCUGUGGAUGUAUGUAUACAAGAAAAAAAUGUGUGGACGUAAUCAUUUUUGUUGUUGUGUGUUUGUGAGACUGCUUCUCAGGAAUUACCCACAAUCGCAUACAUGCCUCUACUCUAAAGAGCAUUUUACCAUUUAUUAAAGGUGCUGUAUGGAAUAUUUGGUCCCCUAGCAGUCGAAAUGCCCAAAACCCAUAAGACCUUUGUUCAUCUUCAGAACGCAAAUGAAGAUAUUUUUGAUGAAAUCCAAGAGCUUUCUGACCCUGCAUGGACAACAACGCAACUACCAUGUUCAAGGCCAGGAAGGUAGUAAGGAAAUUGUUAAAGUAGUCUAUAAAAUAGACAUAGUCAUGCAAAAACUAAUUAUGUGAAAGUGACAUUUCCGGCAAAAUUGGAAAGCUCAUAUCAUGAUAAAUUAUUAUAAACUUAACAUUGUGAAUUGAUUAAGGUGAUUUUUAACCAAAAAAUGUACUUCAGCUUUAAGAAUCUUGCUAUAACAAUACCAAGAUACUUAUACUCAGUAUAUGGCUGUCUGUGCCCUUUACAUAGAGUUAAGGCCAUGAAAUGGGUUGGUGGUCUGGCGGGUGUUCGGGUGGGGGUGGUAUAUAGAAAGUGAACCCUAUCCUUCAGCUGUAACACCAGCCACUUCUUUUCUGCAUGAAUUACAACAGGGUCACCUACAACCCUGAAGCCCUCUAAAGUUUACACACUUUACAUUCACAAUCGGAUCUCCCCCUAUUAUGACCACAGACUGACUGCAAUCCCUUAGUCAGCUCUCUCACAGGUGUAGAGUCCUUGGAUUAAAUAGGUGCCAUACUCUCAUUAAUGUUUAAGACAGAUCAUGUGCUGUUGGGUUAUAAUUAAACCUAAACAUUUGAUUAUUAUCAUGUUACAUUUACCCAUGUUACAGAGAAAGAAAAGCCAAGGGGACCAAUAAUAAUGAGAAUUAAGUCAUAUUUAAUUUAUGUUGAGUAGUUUUUUGUGGGCUUAUUUUAAAUGUGGAACACUGAUAUAUUUAAUUUUGACUUGGACUUUUAUUUUGAACUGUUUUGUCUUAAAUCGUAACAUAUUAUAGGUUUAAAAGAAGUUUAAGCUACUUCUGUUGACAUUUGUUGAGCAUGAAACAUUAAGGGAAGCUAUACACAAAUAACCUCAUUGUUUCUGUUUUAUAUCUUGUAAAUGACUGUCAGUGUAAGUACCUGUUCCCUUACCAAAGAGAAUUGUUGUUCAGCUUAAACCAUACCUUUUCUCAAUAUCGAACUAAAUUACAGUUACAAAUGUUGCAAAUGUUGACUAAUUUUAUUAUUCAGUCUUUGUGGGCUUGUUGUUUAACCACAGUCAGCACAUACCAGUCUAUACAUUCAGGAAUUGGAUUACCAGAACUUGUUCUGUUCAUUCCCAUACCAUUUCCCAUACCAGAGCAGAAUGGCUCUAAUGUUGGAGUGACUUAUAUAGUAUAGACUCCCUCUCUAGUUACCAAGCUGUCCCUAUGCAACCCUAUCCCAGCGGAGGGUGUUAACAGGGAGCUCAGAAUCCAUUAGGGGUUCAGACUAGCUAAAGGGGUUAUAUAUAUUAGUGCUAUUGAUGGGAGAACACCCUGCAAUGGAUGUUGUUGUCAGAUAUUUAGACAGCUUCGUUUCAGUAUAACGCAUAUGUCACAUUGAUGAUCUGUCCAGCUUCUGUUUGCUCUCUAAUCACUCUGUUACACUUAAAAGUCCCAUCACUGUUUCAAUUGUGUCCUAUCACUGGAAAUUGAGCUUGAUUGUCAUAUUUUUGCCCAAAUCCUAUAAUUAUACUAUAUUGUUGCCACAUUUAUUUACUCACUCCCUGUGUAAUUUUACUCUUUACUGAUAAUUGUAAAUCCCCAUAAUGCUUACUAAUGUCCACUUUUGGAUUAUAACCCUGCACUAUGCCAACAACUCUCUAGAACUGCAUGUUUGCUUUCAUUCUCAUCUGCGAACCAUAGUGUGUCCGCUUCCAGCACCCCCCACCCUCUCUCUCUCCUGCCGUCUUUCAGCGGUGCCUGUGUCUCUACAAGUUUCUCAUUGCUCAUAUUUUGUUCUUAUUGUGUUCUGGUUGUGGUGAUGACACUUGAUCUUCUCUGUUCUGCUCCCAAAGGACAUCUGGCCUCUAACGCCAAAAAGUUGUUAACAGAGCGGGUGCUGACAUAUUUACUUCUUGCUGGGUCUGUAUAAUGGUAUUUUUCAGAGUGCAAAGAGGGCCAUUGGCUUGCGCCAUGGAUACCAUUUCAGUGUUAAUGAUUAUAUGAACACUGGCAUGGAAUGUUGUUGUAAAGGUGUGUGAUUUCUGUUAGUAUGAAUAAUGGUGUUUUAUAUAUUAUGUGAAGUUUUGUUGAAUGCCAUACUGAAAAAUGUUGAGAAUAAAUAGCAUCCAAGGCUUUGCAUGAAA